ACGAAUGAAGCACUAGUCUUUUAUUCUCGAUAUGACAAACGUCGUGGUCGAUUCAGUUGCGUUUUAAACGUUGCCAGCCGAAGUUCUGUAUCGUUGCAUUACAUUAUAGGGGCACGAGACCUACUUUACAAAAACUAAAUGAACGAAUCGUUGAAUAAUCGUCAGUAAUCAUGCGUCGCUGAUAAUAAUAACCACUGCAACUACGAUAGCAACAACAACAAUAAUAAUAAUAGCAACGUUAUAUUCCAACAAGUGUCGUGAAGUUUGAUCAAGUCGUAUGAUAUAUACCGUAUUUUUUAUACGUUAACGAAGGAGACUCACCGGCGAAAUCAUGGUUACCGCAUACGCAGGGAUCGCCGUAUUUGCGGACGUUGUGCUUUUGAUAUUUAAAAUGCUGUACUACGUCGUCGAAAGUAUUUUCUGGCUAAUUUUUCCGGUCGAAGAAAAAAAUGUGAGCGGCGAAGUGGUCCUGAUAACUGGAGCAGGACAUGGCAUUGGCAGAGAAUUAGCUCUGCAAUAUGCAACUUUAGGAGCAAAAGUUGUUUGUUGGGAUUUAAAUGAAAACGGAAACAAGGAAACGGCUGAAGAGAUAAAGAAAAUUAACGAGACGGCAUCUGUCUAUACUUACAGAUGUGACGUGACGAAUAGAGAGGAGGUGAUCAGGGUUGCUGCUGAAGUUCAAAGAGAUGUGGGGGACGUUACGAUACUAGUAAAUAAUGCUGGGAUCAUGCCAUGCCAUACUUUAAUGGAUCACACGCCAGAGGAGAUAAGAAAGACCUUUGACGUUAACGUGAUCGCCCAUUUCUGGAUGCUCCAAACUUUUUUGCCAAGCAUGAUUAAGAAGAAUCACGGACACGUUGUAGCACUCUCGUCGAUGGCUGGUAUCGCCGGACUUCCAAAUCUCGUACCAUAUUGCGGUUCGAAAUUUGCAGUAAGAGGUAUAAUGGAAGCCAUUCAUCUAGAGUUAAGGGACGCGAUGUUGCCAAAGCAGUUGAACAUUAAAUUCACAUGCAUAUAUCCAUACAUGGUUGACACCGGGCUAUGCAAGAAGCCGAAAAUGCGAUUCCCCACCCUCUUUUCACUCGUUCCACCAAAAACAGCAGCUGCUGAAAUAGUAAAAGCUCAACGACGUAAUGUACAAGAAGCUUCUAUACCGAGUGUGUUCUUUCAUAUCAAUAAUAUCUUCAGGAACUUUCCUGACAAAGUUCCACUCCUUGUUAGAGACUUCCUUGACAGUGGGGUUGAAGCGGACUGAUAAAUACGUUAAUAUAAUGUCUACUUGGUUCUACGUUACUACACCAAUAAGUGACAAUAUGAAUGAUGAAUUCGGUGAAUAUUCGCAGAGCUUCGGGCGCCUGGCAAAACAAUCAAAAUUAGGAGUCGUAAUAACCGAAAGAUGAUCGUCGCUGCAAGCGAGCCAUUGUUAGAGUGCAUGGUCAAGUACCUACUUACCCUAAAAACUAAUAAGUUCGACGCUAUCUUUAUUUUUAUCUAGUUUUAGUUUAAUUUUAAGCUCAAUAGGAAAGAAAUAAUCACGUUUCGCGUUACUGUGAUUACUUGUCAAAUGUUGUUGUUAUUGUUGUUCGUUCUUUUUUUUCAACUGUUCUUAUACAUUGGUUGUUUGUUAUAUCACAAGUUCUAGUAUUAUAUCACGUUUUAUAAAAUCGUACAUUAAAUUGUCUUUUAAUAUUAAUCUACUGAUCAUGUAGACCAUAGGUUUUGUUCACAGCGACUCCCACAAUUCGACUUUUUAAUAACGUUGGUAGAGUAAUUGCAACAGCUGUUAUAUAAACGAAGUGCUCCAAAGUCUGUGUACAAAAAUAUCAUCUAAUAAAAAUAAAUAAUAUGCA